AUGGCCAGGGAUCGAGACAGUGACACCUCGGGCGCGGGCGGCCAAUCAAAGCGGCCGCCGCUCAACCACCAUGUCUCGCAUGACAGCGACUCCCAGGUCAGCGAUCAUACGACGGCCUCCAGUCACCGCCCCAAGCAUCACAAGCACGUCGUCGGCGGCGGCGGACGUCUGCACUCGCACUCGCGCGUCCCGUCCUCCAAGGCCCUGCACACCAAGCCGCAUCCGCACCACGCCACCGCGUCCACCGCCAAACUACAACACCACCACCGCCGCCACCACUCGCCUUCCCCCGAGCGGCCAGAGCGACCAGACCGCCCCCCGAUGCUCUCCGCCGCCCACCGCCGCACCACCUCGGACGUGCGGCUGUCGCGUGACUCGUCCUCCUCCAACCUCAGGAAGAACUCGUCCCACACCAGCCUGAAGCGCAACCGCUCCCACGUCGAGGUUGCCAAGAAGUCCAAGUCGGCCGCCAACAUCAAGCGCUCCUCGUCGCACAAGGACGUCAGCAAGCUCAAGGGCAGCAAGACCACCGUCCACUUUGAUCUCGGCCACGACGGCCAGGACGAUGAGUGGGUCGAUGCAAGCGCCUCUGCCUCCCCGUACCUGUCGCGCCGCGGAUCCGUCGUCAGCAGCGGCCAGGGCUCCGCGAAGCCCGCCACCAGCGACAACGAGAACGAGGACGACAGCAACGGCGACACCGUGACCUCGCAGUCGCAGUCGCAGACCCUGCCCGCCGCCUCUCCGGACCAGGACAAGGCCACCCCGGACCGCGAGCGCGUGCAGCACAAGGAAUACCUGACAUCGCGCUUGCUCCAGAGAACCCCAUCCCACGGCGCGCCACCCAAGAUGACGGCCGACACCGCCCAGGUGCACCCGCGCACCGGCUCCCCCGAUUCAGCCAUCAGUCGCGCGUCUUCUACGCUCUACGGUUCGCCCAAACCCGUCGGCUCUGCUGGCGUGGGCCGCUCCGCUGACGAGCUUACCUCCCGUUUCGUCAGUGGCCCCGGCUCCGGCGUCAACACCGAGACCGGCUCCUUCUAUUCUCCCACGCGCAAGCUCGAACGGGUCAAGAGACCGCGGUCUUUGGCAAACAUACGUCAUGAGCACCGCGACUCUAUCACGGACGACCCCGAUGAUGAUAACGACAAUGACGAGGACGACAGCGCACUGGCGCCGAGGACGAGGAAGCCAGCGCACAAGGCCCCCCCUGCAGAGAAGUCACGGACGCAGCAGAAGCUUAAUCUGCAACGCGCCAGCUCGACUAUAGAGCCCGUCCCGGCUGGGGGAGGUGUUGGAGCAGUUGGCGCCAGCCCGCUGUUGGGUGGUGCCGGCUACGACAACCGCGAUCCGCGCAUCGGCAAGCUGAUUGAGCGCACCGGCAUGGAAUAUCUAGUAGUACGACGCUAUCAAAACCCCAUUGCGAGGUCGAUCGCGCGGCUCCAACAGCUUCCGGGUGCCGAAAAGACCCUGCACAUCCCUAAGCAGAAUGGCAGCAAUGGGUCGGCCCACAGCAAAAAGCCAUCGGAAUCAGGAGCAGUCGCUAGAUACGCGCUCUCAUCAAGCAUGGGGGACGCUCACAGGUCGCGGCCAGUAACACCAAGGCGUCACACCUCAUUACACAUUAAUGGUGCGAACUCGAGCUAUGAAGCUGAAGAAGAGAGGGCCCGCAUCAGUGAUCCGAGUUAUAUGGGUGGCGAGGGUGAUACGGUCGCCGCCCUGCUCAGGAAUCUUUGGGAUAAGAACAUGGACCUUUCGGCAAGUCAGGACUAG